AUGGCCGCUCUUCGUACAUCUUCGCGUUUGCUGAUGCGAUCUGCAGCCUUUGUUGCCAGUGCCGCUACGCGAUCCAACCUUGUUGCUGUUGCCAGCAGCUCCUCUCGCACAGCCGCUAGCCGAACUCUCUCCACCUCAGCAGCUCGAUCCUCCGACUCUCUCUUCGUUCACCGCAACACCGACUAUAACAACCCGGACAUUCCAUUCGAGUUUAACGAGGAGAAUGCAAAGAUGGCACAGGAGAUCAUCUCGCACUACCCAGAACAGUACAAAAAAGCAGCCGUGAUCCCCUUGCUUGACUUGGGUCAACGACAGAACUCCGGUUGGGUCUCGAUCUCGGUCAUGAACUACGUGGCCAAGCUGCUCGAGAUGCCACCUAUGCGUGUAUAUGAAGUAGCUACGUUCUACACCAUGUUCAAUCGCGAACCGGUUGGCAAGUACUUUUUACAGCUUUGCACUACCACCCCUUGCAUGCUCGGAGGUUGCGGUUCCACAAAGAUCCUCGAGGCGCUCGAAUCCAAGUUGGGCAUCAAGGCUGGUCAAACUACCAAGGACAACAAGUUCACCUUGGUCGAGGUCGAAUGCUUGGGCGCUUGCGCCAACGCUCCCAUGAUCCAGAUCAACGAUGACUUCUUCGAGGACUUGACGCCGGAGAGCAUGAACAACAUCAUCGACAAGCUUAGCAACGGUGAAAAGGUAAAGCCUGGCCCGCAGUCGGGUCGUCACUCUUCGGAGCCUGCUAACGGUCGAACCGCGCUCACUUCCGAGCCAUACGGACCGGGCAAAUUCUGUGUUCCCGAGUUCGCUUGA